ACUCUUCCCAUUUCUUGCUCUCCCAUCUCUCUCUCUCUAGCACCGGUCUUCUUUUAAAUCUCUCUAUCUUCCAUUGAUAGAUUCCUCACUUUCACUCUAGUCUGGUCUAGUCCUAGUCCGAACUCCAUUCCGUACUCAACAGUCCUUCCAUUUUGCUCCGGUCCUCAAAAACCAUCACAGCUCUUCUCUUUCCUGAAUGAUUUAAUUGAAAAUUUUUACAAUCUUUUUUGUGUUUCUGUUUACAAUUCUUAAAAAAAAAACGUUUGUGAAAUGGCGUCAUCGGAGAGUUUGGCGACUUUGGAGCCCUGGACGUUUCGCUCGACAUUUCCGGACUCGUGGAUCUCGCAAAUGUUCGCCGGAGAGAACGAAACCCUAACCAAAGCCCUCCAGAAAUCGCUGUCCAACCAACCGGAGACGAUUGCGCCAGAAAGGCCGGCGACCGGGACGGUCAUGGAGGUGGAAGCGGCGGGUUCGAAACGCCGAGACACGAUUCAUCUCGUGACGAAGAGGACCAAGCGGAAGUCACGUGCGUCGAAGAGGACGACAACGACGUUUAUAGCGGCCGAUCCGGCGAAUUUCCGGCAGAUGGUGCAGCAGGUGACCGGUGUUAGGUUCGGGAACGGACAGAUGCCGGUUGUACCCGUGUUGAAGCCGGAGCCACAGCGACCGGUGAACCGGAUGCAGGGUUGGCUGCCCACUCUCGACACUUCAAUUCCUCUGCUGGAUCGUCAGCAGCAGGUGGUGGGUCCCAUGGAGCCGACUCUAAAUAUUCCGCCGCCGUCUGUGGUGGCUGACGGUGGCGCCGGUUUAAACCUCGACUCCUUUUCAGGCUUUCCCACCCUUGAGUCGUGGAAGGUGUUGUGAAACUUUCGUUUUUUAAAUUAAAUUAUUGUUUUUUUUAAAAAAAAAAGAUCUUUGUACUGAUGUGGUGGAUGGACUAUGUGGGGGUGUCUGAUGUAGGGUGGGGGAUCUGUUUAUAGAGUUGUGAAGGCGUGUUUGGUUAGAACUCUUUUUGUCUAUUAGUAGCGAUGUUGGCUAUGGCUAUGGACUACAAUUAUAUGUAUGUAUGUAUGUAUGUAUCUAUCUAUCUAUCUUUUUUUGUCACUUGCA